GGGACACCGCACUUCAUACGUCUCCAGAAUGUCUUCCUCCGUCAGACCCAUCGUUUUCAUGGAUGUUAACAUAGGAGAGACUCCUGCGGGUCGUAUAAAGAUGGAGCUUUUCAGUGAUAUCGUACCCAAAACAGCCGAGAAUUUUAGACAGCUUUGCACCGGUGAAUGCAGACGUGACGCCAGGCCUCAAGGAUACAAGAAUGCAACCUUCCACAGGGUCGUGCCAAACUUCAUGUGCCAAGGUGGAGAUUUCAUGAAGGGUGACGGAACAGGAUCCUUCUCGAUAUACGGCAAUAAUUUCCCUGAUGAGAACUUCCAAGAAAAACACACCAGUCCUGGCUUGCUGUCCAUGGCCAACUCAGGACCAAAUACUAAUGGCUGUCAGUUUUUCAUCACGACAGCAAAGUGCGAUUUCCUCGAUGGAAAACAUGUCGUGUUUGGUAAGGUCAUAGAUGGAAUGCUGACCUUGAGAAAGAUUGAAAACGUGCCCACUGGUCCGAAUAACAGACCAAAACUUGUCGUAAAAAUUACUGAAUGUGGGGAAAUGUGAACAGCAGAUAGUGCAUUGUAUUGAUUCUGUUAGAUUGAAAUCUAGUUUAGGUGGCGAG